AUGCAUGGGCUCAUUCAUGUUGUUUUCCGGGCAUUCGUUGUGGACACAUUCGGCGAAGUGGCAUGGAAGGAGAUCUUGAAGCGAGCCGGCGUGGAAGAUGAGGCGACGAUUCUGGAGAUGAAGCCUUACGAUGAUGUUCUCACCAUGGCGGCUGUAAAGAUCGGUGCAGAAGUUGCAGGCGCCCCGUUGGAAGCGGCACUCGAGCUGUUCGGCGCGUACUUCGUCGACUUUGCAGCUGGUGCUGGCUUCAUUCGGCUACUUCGCUCGCUUGGCUCCAACUUGCAUGAGAUGCUCAGCAACCUGAACAUCUUGCACCACAACGUCGAAAGGGAUCUGCCGGCGGCUGUUUUCCCUAUCUUCGAGGUCGGCCGACUGGAAUGGAUAAGUGACACGAUGUACACCUUCAGGAUGCACUAUGCAAGUAGCAGGGCGGGCCUCAAGCCACUCUUGAAAGGUGCCCUGGAGCAAGCCACGAGGAAGCUCUUCAAUUCCACCUUAGAGGUCCAAGCCUUGGCAACGGAGAGGCAUAGCUUCAAAUUAACUCCACUGGCCGAGGCAUCAAACGAGGUGAAUUGGACGUUGACUGUCAGCCUGGGACAGGAGAAGGAAGACCGUGAGGUGCAGAGAGACCCGGGUGCAUCAGGCGACCCCAAAGGCUCCGCAUACGGUUUCUUCGAUUUCCAUGCCGCCUUAGCCUCUUUCUGGUGCUGCACCGCCGAGUUGGACCGGGACCAAGGGAUGUCAUCCCUCGGAGCUGCACCUGCUUUGGAGGUAAGCACAGCGCGUAGAGUCUUGGCUGAGAAGCGCAGCAAGGUUGACAGGAUCACGGAGGAUUUGCAGGAGCUGACCAAAACAGAAAAGUUCUGGGGCUCCUACACCAAGCUGGACAAUUUCUAUGCCAUCUCCCAUGACUGGCUGGUGGAGACGGUGAGGGCUGGGGAGAAGAAGUUCGUGAAGCGCGGGAAGAUUCGCUUCCUGUCCCAGUCCUGGGGAAUUCCGAAGGAGUGGGACGAGCUGGUGGGGGCGGGAAGCUACGCGGAGGCCAAGGCAGCGGAAAUCUGCUGCAUGGCAAAGGACAUUGCCGCCUUAGAGUUGGGAGACACUGCCAGGUGGCGAGAGGUGUUCUUCUGGCUGGAUAAGUGUUGCAUUCCACAGGGUGACAAGGAGCUGACUGGGUGGUGUGUCAACCUCCUAGAGGAGUACAUCAUCUUCUGCGCGAUUGGCAACUUCAAGCUCGCUUCUUGCCAGUGCUUCCGCGAGGAGGACAGGCCUGUUCUGAUCAACAAGGUCUCACAGUACUACAAAUCGGUUGAAGGCUUCGAGCAGUUUUUGAAGUUCACGGCCAUUGCUCUUUUUGUGCGGUGUACCGCCCAACGUCGGUCAGCGAAAUGCUUCUCCGCUCUUGAGCCCUGGCGUCAUCUCGCGGAGAAACAAGGCUUCCGCGACUUGGCUUUGAAGGUGGAAGACGUGAUGAACCUUCUACCCCGGUGGCGUGAGGAUGCGCUGAAAAACGUGAAGGGCGGUGGCACCCGCGACGUGCAGACGGAUGUCUUCAAGCAUGUCGAGGCUUGGUUUAAGGCCGAGAUGGUGCCAUUGAUCCUCAACAACCGGAAGGAGGUGGCGACGGAGAGUGGUCUGCAUUUCAUCGAGGAGCUGCGCCGUGCGGCCAAAGCCGUUGUUGUGGACCAGGCAGAAGAUCAACCAGAAGCUGCGAUAGAAGAGAUACGUUCGUCUGCAAUGUGGCCCCCUUGGCCCCUCUACUUCUUUGAUCCAAACCACAACGUCCUGACUGAUCACGUGCGCAUCGACAACGUCGACAUGCAUGGGCUCAUUCAUGUUGUUUUCCGUGGAUUCGUUGUGGACACAUUCGGCGAAGUGGCAUGGAAGGAGAUCUUGAAGCGAGCCGGCGUGGAAGAUGAGGCGACGCUUCUGGAGAUGAAGCACUACGAUGAUGCUCUCACCAUGGCGGCUGUCAAGAUCGGGGCAGAAGUGGCAGGUGCCCCGUUGGAGGCGGCACUCGAGCUGUUCGGCGCGUACUUCGUCGACUUUGCAGCUGGUGCUGGCUUCAUUCGGCUACUUCGCUCGCUUGGCUCCAACUUGCACGAAACGCUUGGCAACCUGAACAUCCUGCACCACAACGUUGAGAGGGAUCUGCCAGCGGCAAUUUUCCCUAUCUUCGAGGUCGGCAGCUUGGAAUGGAUAAAUGACCAGAAGUACACCUUCAAGAUGCACUAUGCAAGCAGCAGAGGAGGUCUUGGCCCUCUCUUGAAAGGUGCUCUCCAGCAAGCCACGAAGAAGCUCUUCAACUCCACCCUAGAGAUCGAAGAAAUUUCGAUGGGGAACCAGAGCUUCCGAAUCUCCAUGGCGGAGGCAGCUAACGAGAUUCAUUGGACCUUGACUGUGAGCCCGGGAGUGGAGAAAAAGGAAGACAGUGAGAAGCAGGCUGAGGCACCGACAUCAGCCACGACGAAGGGCUCCACCUACAGCUUCUUUGACUUUCGCGCCGCUUUAGCCUCGUUUUGGUGUUGCAGCGCAGACCAGGACGAGGAAAUGAUCACGCUUACAGCCUCGCCGGUUCUGGCGGAGGAUGACUGGGUGAGCAAUGUGCGCGCGGUCUUGGCGGAAAAGCACAGGCAGAUAGAUUCGAUCACCAAGGACUGA